GAGCAGCGGCCGACCCGAGCCGGGCCAGUCGGGGGGCGUCGCGAUGCUGCUGCGCCUGCUGCUGUCCUGGGCGGCCGCGGUGCCCGCACUGGGCCAGGCCCCCUGGAUACCCGAGCCCCGAGCCGUCUGCGGCCCGGGCAGUUGCUACGCGCUCUUUCCCCGGCGCCGCACCUUCCUGGAAGCUUGGCGGGCGUGCCGCGAGUUGGGGGGUAACCUGGCCACGCCGCGGACCCCGGAGGAGGCCAGGCGUGUGGACAACCUGGUGGGCGUCGGGCCGGCCAACGGGCUGCUGUGGAUAGGGCUGCAGCGGCAGGCUCGACAAUGCCAGCCGCAGCGCCCACUGCGAGGCUUCAUAUGGACCACGGGAGACCAGGACACCGCCUUCACCAACUGGGCCCAGCCGGCUACGGAAGGACCCUGCCCGGCCCAGCGCUGUGCUGCCCUUGAGGCCAGUGGAGAACAUCGCUGGCUCGAAGGCUCCUGUACACUGGCUGUCGAUGGCUACCUCUGCCAGUUUGGUUUUGAGGGUGCCUGCCCUGCCUUGCCGGUUGAGGUGGGCCAAGCAGGCCCAGCUGUCUACACCACACCCUUCAACCUGGUUUCCAGCGAGUUCGAGUGGCUGCCCUUUGGCUCCGUGGCAGCUGUGCAGUGCCAGGCUGGCAGGGGAGCCUCUCUGCUGUGCGUGAAACAACCUUCAGGUGGUGUUGGCUGGUCCCAGGCUGGCCCCCUGUGCCCAGGGACUGGCUGUGGUCCUGACAAUGGGGGCUGCGAACACGAGUGUGUGGAAGAGGUGGAUGGUGGUGUGUCCUGCCGCUGCAGUGAAGGCUUCCGGCUCGCCGCAGAUGGGCACAGUUGUGAAGACCCCUGUGCACAGGCCCCCUGUGAGCAGCAGUGUGAGCCUGGUGGGCCCCAAGGCUAUAGCUGCCACUGUCGUCUGGGCUUUCGGCCAGCUGAGGAUGAGCCACACCGCUGCGUGGACACGGAUGAGUGCCAGAUUGCUGGAGUAUGCCAGCAGAUGUGUGUCAACUAUGUUGGUGGCUUUGAGUGCUAUUGCAGCGAAGGUCAUGAGCUUGAGGCAGAUGGCAUCAGUUGUAGCCCUGCAGGAGCCAUGGGUGCCCAGGCUUCCCAGGACCUUAGAGAUGAGUUGCUGGAUGAUGGAGAAGAAGGGGAGGAUGAAGAGGAAGCCUGGGAGGCCUUUGAUGGCACCUGGACGGAGGAACAGAGGGUUCUAUGGAUGGCGUCUACACAACCACCUGACUUUGGCCUGGCCUAUAGGCCCAAUUUCCCACAGGAUGGAGAGCCUCAGAGAUUGUACCUGGAACCUACCUGGCCACCACCACUCAGCGCCCCCAGGGGCCCCUACCACUCCUCGGUGAUCUCUGCCAUGGAACCCACACUGCCUUCUGCCCACAAGACUUCUGUUAUUUCAGCCACGCAUCCAGCCCUCGGCCCUGUCCGCCCACCUGCCAUGGCCCCUAUCACACCUCCAGCUGUGCUCCCUGAGUACCGGAUCCCCAAAAUCAAGGCCAGUUAUCCAGACCUGCCUUUUGGCUACAAGCCUGGGAUUAUCUCAGCCACUCACCCAGCGCGGCCUCCUGCUUAUCAGCCGCCCACUAUCUCAAGCAGAUAUCCCCAAGUAUUCCCUCCCCACCAGUCCCCUGUGUCUCCAGACACCCACAGGAUCACUUACUUGCCUUCGGUCCCACCUAACCUCAACCCCGGGGAUACCACUGCCAAAGCUCAUCAACGCCCCCUGGCCCCAGAUGUUCCAGGCAUCAGAACCCAGGCUCCCCAGCUUUCUGUCUCAGCUGUCCAGCCCUCUCUGCCUAGCCCCUCUAAGUCCUCUGCCCACGAAGCCCCUGUGCCUGCUGCCACCCAUCCUCCGGCCCUCCCGUCUCCUCUUCCCCCUCAGAACCCCGUUAACCAGACCUCAACUAUCAGCUCUACGCGUCCCUAUUCCAGAGCCCCUCUAUUCCCAAGGGAAGGAGCUCCCAGUCCCAAAUUGGUGCCAUGGCUGCCCUCAGUGGCUCCUACAGCAGCUCCAACAGCCUUGGCAGAGGCGGGUCUUGCAGACCAAAGUCAGAGGGAUGACCGGUGGCUGCUGGUGGCACUCCUGGUACCAACAUGUGUCUUCUUGGUGGUCCUGCUUGCACUGGGCAUCGUGUACUGUACCCGCUGUGGCCCCCAUGCCCCCAACAAACGUAUCACUGACUGCUAUCGCUGGGUCACACAAGCUGGGAACAAGAACCCAACAGAACCCAUGCCCCCCAGAGGCAGCCUAACAGGGGUACAGACCUGCAGAACCAGUGUGUGAUGGGGCACAGGUACCCCUUGUGAGGUAGGAGGAAGGGACUUGCUUUGGACACAUGGAUGAGACCGCACCAGGGACUUAUGGGGGCUACCCAGAUGGACAGAAGGAAUUCUGCUCCUUGGGCCCAGCAUUCAUGGCAAAGGAGACACCAAGGCCUCCAGGACCUUAAGGGGUGGGUGCUGGGAUCUUCUCCAAUAAAUGGGGUGCCAACCUCACCCAAAGCUCCUGCCCCCACUGAUGCCUGAGGGGAGGGCCUGGGAGAACUUGUGGGAGGGAUAUAGAGUUCCCUUCCAUUUAUCUAGGUAAGGUAAGAGUUCUUUAGAGGAGGCACGCUCCGGAAUUUUCCGUGAAAUGAGCUGAGAGAGACACUGUCCCACAGCAAGUCCAGGAUUCUAGAGGUUUGGCAGGGAAGAAAGCCCAUAUUUGCUCUUUUUAUUAAAAUGCAAAGAAAAAGCAGGGAAGACCUUGAGAUGAGGGUUUCUGAUGAACUGGACUCUAACUGGGGUUUGGAGAUUCAGAGCACAGCAGGGUCUCCAGGGGUUGGCAUUUCUGAACUUUCUUCUGAGCAUUCUUUCCAAUGUCACAGGCUGCCCAGAAGUCUAGGUGGGGGGAAUCAGGGUCACCCAAGGAUGCUACCACCCUAUGGUUGUAGGGACUCCUUCUUCAUAGGAGGUAGUAGGGGAGGAGGUAAGAAUAAGUGCCCAGGAGGCUGAGAAAGAAAGCCCAGUUCUAGCUCCCUGGGUCCACUUAGAAACAAGACCAUUAGAGACCACACUUUACUCUUCACUCUGUUGAGUGGAAGUGGAGAAGCCAGAAGACCCUAGCUUGAGAGAAGGCCCAGGAUAUUUGGGGUUGGUGUCCUAAGAACUGAGAAACUGUCUGGUCAAAAAUCACCGAGUGUGGAAUAACCUCCCCCUCAUCCUCAGCUGAUUGUCCUGAGGGGGAAGGGACGAGACCUGGAAGAGGGAGGCGCCGGUUCCACCACCUCUAUAAUUUUUUAGCUCAGCCCUUGAGGCCUCUAAUUAUGACUGGGCAAAACGGCACCCCCGCCCCAGGCAGGUGAGGAGGGGUGGCCCGGCGCCCUUUCUCUACCCGAAACCCCUAUGCCACAUU